AUGGUUCAUCCCAUCCAUGCUAACGUUGUCUCUUGGAUCGUCAUUGUCUCAUUGUCUUGUCUACUACAUGGAGCAACUGGCCAGCUUACCUUCGACUUCUACAAGACCGCUUGUCCGAAUGUGGAUGCCAUCGUCGCUAACGUCACUCUCGCCCUCUCCAAAAGGGACAAUGUGGUUCCACCCGCGGUGUUGCGCCUCUACUUCCACGAUUGCCUGGUGGAGCUUAGCUUGACAUUGUAUGAUCUUGGUUGGCACUGGCAGGGCUGUGAUGCAUCCAUUCUCAUCUCCUCCACGCCCACCAACGUCGCGGAGCGAGACGCGGCCGACAAUUUGAGCUUCCCGCAGAAUGGAUUCGACGCAAUUGUGGAGGCCAAGAAGGCAGUGGAGGCUGCAUGCCCCGCGGUUGUCUCGUGCGCCGACAUCCUCGCAAUGGCCGCCAGGGACGUGGUUGUGUUUAGUGGCGGCCCCAGGUGGGCGGUCCCCAAAGGUCGGCGGGACGGCCUCAUCUCUCGCGCUGCACGCGUCGAGGGCCGCCUCCCGGCCUCCAGUUUCAAUGUGUCGCAACUUAUCACCCUGCUGGCCACUGUCAACUUGAGCAUCGAAGAUCUGGUUGUACUGUCAGGAGCACACACAAUUGGAUUCUCCCAUUGCAACCAGUUCUCCAAGAGGCUCUACAACUUCAGCAGCGCCGCAAAGACGGACCCGUCGCUGGAUCCGACGCUAGCUGCGUCGCUCAAGGCUUCGUGCCCGCAAGUUGGCGGGAGCCCCAACACGGUGCGGGGAUUCGACGCCACCACGCCCUUAGCCUUUGACAACUCCUACUACCGCAACCUGCAAAACAACAGGGGCCUGCUCGUGUCGGAUCAGGCGCUGGCCCUGGACAAGCGGACGUCGCCCGUGGUGGCCAGCUUGGCCGCCAGCCAGGAAGACUUCUUCUUCGCCUUCAUGCAAGCCAUGGUGAAGCUGGGCUACACCGGCAUCAAGACCGGCAGCCAGGGCGAGGUCCGCAGAGACUGUAGAGCUUUCAAUGCUCGAUCAAACACCUAG